AUGUUAGAUUUAUUAGCUAUCUAUAUUGUAUUAGCGGGCUUAGCCAUAAAAAAUAAGACAAGUUUGCAACAUGAAAAUAAGAUUAAUAAUCCUUAGAUUAGGUCCAUAUCUGGUGAUUUUCUAGAUUAUGAAAAUUUACUUCACAGCUUGAAUUACAACAACAUUUGCCUGCGAGGUGGAAGCACAAUGCUUAGUAGCUUAUUCUUGAACUAGUUCCUAGAGGAGAAUGGAGUUGACGACGAUUAUGUUAGGAAUACUGAUUGGAGUUACCAAAAAGAUGCCUUUCUUAGAGCUAAAGAUCUCAAUGAAAUCAAAAUUCCUAAAGUGAUAUAGUAUGUCUGGUUUACAAAUCCACUUAAGGAAAAAGAAUUAUUGGAUUAUGCUGGUGGCAUGAGCGAUAUUGAGACUACUGUUGCUACUAUGAAUUAGCACGGAUUCUCCUACAAUCUCUGGGUUAAUGGUGAAGCCAAGCUCACAAAAACAAGAUAAUACGCUUAGAAAAUAGGUAUCACAAUUAGAGAAAUAGAUGAGCUUCGUGGAGAUGACAUUCUAUCUAAUCAAGCAAUUGACAUCGUCCAAGAAUAUAUUGCUGCCAAGCGGUUUGCUGAGGCAUCAGAUCUCGCUAGAUUAGUAAUUGUACACAGAUUUGGAGGUGUUUAUUUAGACGGAGAUAAUGUCGUGUUUUAAUAUGAUCCUUUGCUUAACAAUCUGGACUUCUUUUUCUUUGCCCAUCCAUAUGCAGGGGGAAGCUACAAUAUAGAAAAUGCAAUGAUUGCCUCAGCUCCUAAUAAUUACAUUCUUCACAAUAUGCUUUUGGAUAUCCUAGAUAGGAAACUAAACAAGAAGAAGGUAUUUUAAUCAGAAUGCCUUAAUCGUUCCUUCUUGAUUGCCUUUUAUAAUACUGGACCGAUUAGACUUACAAUCUCAUACAAUAAAGCAUUAAAAGAAGGAUAUUUGGACAGCAAAUCAUAUAUUGUAUUCCAUGAAUGGCUUUAUAAAGAUGACUGCCUCGAAGGAAGACAAGAGUAUCAAAGAUGCUUUUCACUUGAUAGGAACACACCUCUACCUAAUGACAAAAAUUAUCAGAUAAAGUUUAUUACUAGGCAUUUUCCUACAGGAGCAUGGAGUGACCCUUCUCCAGAUAGAUAAAGCUAUGGUAGACUGCCAGAUAGCUAAUUAAAUGAGUUACUCGAAACAUGA